AUGGCUCCUGUCAGCUUGUUGGCUCGCAUCAAGAGUCUGUACACAAAGCAACAAGAUGAACCAGCACUGUCAAACCAGACGGUCGCUCUUUUCUCUGUCUUACUCACAUUACUCUACGUGGUCCCAUUCUAUCUCUCCCCAACAACGAGACCAUCGCCAAGUCUUAGUCGCGACGCACCUUCCGUCAUCAGGGCUCGCAUUCGCGCCGUCACAGGCUCCUGCAUCAUCAGCUCAGUAGUCGUCCUCUGGCUAGCCGUCGAAGAAGGAAAUACCUCGGUCGCAGCCGGGCUAAGACUCCUGGGCUGGUGGCCCGUCGGCGUGUUCGAGAUCUUCCGCAGUCUCGUCUUAACCGCCAUUCUCUUCACAGGCCCGCUCUUCGAACGAGGAAUCGUCGAAGGGGAAUGGCGAUUCUGGUUCCGGCGUAGUAAGCUCUCUGAGAAUUUGGGUGGCUGGAUCGGGUGGAGAAAUUAUGUUGCGGGCCCUAUUACCGAGGAAGUCAUGUUCCGCUCGGCUAUCAUCCCCUUGCAUCUCCUGGCUCAUGUAUCGCCAGGUCGCAUUGUCUUCAUUGCGCCGUUGUAUUUCGGUAUCGCGCAUGUCCACCACUUCUAUGAGUUCCGUCUGACGCACCCUGAUACACCGGCGUUGGCGGCGUUGGCCCGCUCGCUCUUCCAGUUUGGGUAUACCACUAUCUUUGGCUGGUAUGCUACUUUCGUCUAUUUGCGGACUGGCUCUUUGUUGGCUGUUAUUGUCAUCCACAGCUUCUGCAAUUGGUGUGGUCUACCCAGGUUCUGGGGUCGGGUGGAGGCUGGUGAGCCUCUAGGUCCGCCUUUUACUCGUGGGAAAGAAGACUCGGAAGGCAGCUCGGUUGAAAUUGGGGAUGGGACCCUUGGUGUUGGGUGGACGAUUGCUUAUUACGUGCUUCUGGUUGCUGGCGCUCUAACUUUCGCUCAGGGUUUGUGGCCUUUGACUGAGUCGUAUCAUGCUCUUGUCUCCUUUUCGGGCAGGUCUGGAAAAUCCACCUAG